AUGCGUUGGGACGAAUAUGGAGGAGCGAUGCGGCGCGCUGUUAGGCUCUUCCGCCCAACGGUACCUAUCCGCUGCGUGCAACCGGCAGCCUUGCGCCCAACGCGUGUGCUGCACAUUCCCCCGCAGUUGCUCCGUCUACUUGUUAGUGGUGGUUUGCUGCUGUUUCAGGCCUUCGUGGUUGCCCACAACCGUGAGGCGCAGAAGCUGUGGGAGGAGGCGGGUGCCGCAGGCACAAACGGCGACGGCGGCGGGAGCUUGAUGUCCUCCUCGGAGGCGCUUCAUAUUCUCGGGAUGAACGCCAGUCUCCACGUUCCGCUCCAGGGAGAAAAAGACCGCGCGGAGGCAACACAGCGAUUUAAGCAUUUAUUUGCCAUUGCGAAGAAUAACAACAACGUGUACCUGCAAGGGAAGUUUAGCGCAGCUUAUCGUAUCUGCGUGGACGCGAAUUGGGACGCAGACGAUAACUCUUGCGGCGACGGAAACAGUGACGCUGGCAGUAGUGACGGGGUAAAAUGUUGA